CGCGGCGGCGGCAGUGUUGGCCGUGGCACCGGCGGCCGAAGCCAGAGCGCGCCACUCGGUCUCCGGGCCUCCGACGGGAGUGGGAGCGGCGGCGGCUCGCUCCAACAAGAAGCGGCUCUCGGCUGCGGGGCACGCGACGACGCUCACGCUCGACGCCGGCGUUGUCGCGGCCGCGGUCGGCAAGAAGCGCACGGCCUCGGUGCGUCCCGAGGUGAUGCUGGGCAGCGCGGCCACCCUGGUCGGCACGGGACCUGCGCCGCCUUCUUCCACGACUAACUCCGGAGGAGGUGGCGUGAUGGUGGUGGACGCUGCGGGCGCCAGGCGCACCGGCGCAGGGGGGCCCUCAACGACGAUGAUGCGGGGAGGUAGCGAAAGGGAUCCGAAUGUACUCAGCGAGUACCUACAGGUGGAGUUCGACGACGUGUUCGCCGAGCCCGAGGGCACGUACUCGCUGAACGGCGUGUGGAAGGCGGCCACGCUCACCUUCACGCACACCAAGAACAUCUGCUACCGGGCGCUGAGCCUGCUGUGCGCCGUGCCCCUGGCGCUGAUCGUGGGCAUCAGCUUCGCCUGCCUGUCCUUCCAGCACAUCUGGUGCAUCGGGCCGGCCAUCCGCCACUGCCGCGUCAACUGCCACGUGGUGCGCCAGUACAUGCGCAUCAUCCUCGAGUCGUGCUGCGCGCCGUGCUUCUCCGAGAUGGGCCUGAUGCUCAGCAGGAUCCGGGUGCACCACGUUCAGAACGGGCACCACAUGGAGCCCAUCUAGUCUGGCACCGGCGUCGGACACGGUCGCGAUAGCGCGCUGGGCAUGGCGACGAUAUACCGGGACCAGGACGGAUUUUUCUUCAACUACGAGGCUUUGUUUCUGAGAAACCCGUGUGGGUUUCCUCUGUAGCUUCGUGCUACAUACGGGUGGAUGUCAUUGUUUCCUUUCAUGAACCUUGAUGCUACUUGCAGAAUUCCGCAGAACUGAUUUGCCAUAGACAGCUUAAGCAUAGCGUUACUGUCUUACCUUUACCGUUAAACCGAUCCCGGCGGCAACGACUGCGCGUGCACAGAGUUUACCGGACAGAGUCGUGGCAGUCGAUAUCGGUAAUGGUAACGGUAAUGCGGUAAUGCAGUGGCUAACGAAACCGUCCGAUGUCACACUAACGUACCGUCAGCAUACAUUUAAAGCACGAACAGCAACGAACGCCAUUUUACGCGUAAUUACAUUGAAGUGUGCCGUCUUAUCACUUUGUAGCCGGUUUCUAGGCAUGGAGUAGUACCUGUUGUACGUUUUCGAGUCUGAAUUAAGCCACUGUUACAAAUGCAGGCGAAAAUUGAAACAAGGUAACGCAUUGGAGUAGUUUCGGAAUUGUUCACAUUUGAACCUAUGCUUAUAGUAUAGCGCCGGUUGAACAUCACCGAGACCAGCGAAUUUACGUUCGGUCAAAAAUUUCUUCCCGAGUAUUCGGAGGAGUAUCACGGGCGCCACGUCCCUUGCAUUGGGUGCACGUUGAUAAAACCCCAGGGGGUCGACAUUAAUCCGGAGUCCCCCACUACGGCGGGCCUCAUAAUCAGAUCGAGAUUGGGGCACAUAAAAGCUCAGAAUUUAAUUUUAAUUUUAUGGGCACCACGUGACGACACGAAUGUCGCGGCUUAUUUUACAACUUUCCUGGCGAAGUUAAAGUUAAGUGGAUUGCUAUAAAGCACAGGUUUUUCCCGUGCUAGUGGUACAAAAUUGUAGCGGCCGUGAUAACGUCAAUGCGUACUCCCCGGAAACUUGUCUGUUACGUGUUAACGUCGAAACAAUAAAUUUUCUGUUCACUACGCGUCUUACACAAAUGGAGCGAGUUAAACGGCAAGCAAGGCUCGUGCCGAUCUCACCUCCUCCACUCUCCACAAGACAUUGUCAAACCGUUUCUCGUCCCAUUACCGUGCGCCAAAAAGCGAGGCUCGUUGUACUCCCUCCAGGCUCGAUUAGGCAAAAUAUUUUUGGUUGUGCCACUGACAUUGUGGGCCGUUCUCCAACUUGACUUGACAAAGCUGACAGUCUACUCAAUCGUAAGCCGCUUGAGUGCAGUCUCAGCUUUUCAAUGCUAAUUAACUAUUCCUCGCCCUGUUGAACGACGCUACAUUUAUCAUCGAGAAGCGCGUCGACUGUCCUGUGCUGCGCGCGACCAGCAUGUCUCGUACCUACCAUGUGUGUUCUGCUUCAGCGUAGGUGAAGCGGAGGCCAUUGCGUCGCGAUUACCGCCAUAGAGCCUUCUAACUCGAGUGUUUACUUGCAUUGCCUAAGUGCAUGCCCGAGAGAGGUCUUUAGAUUUUGAGACAGUCAACCCGUUUGACUAGCAGAAAACAAAAGACGCUGGUUUUCUUCCUUUCUUUCAUUCGUUCGUUCUUUCUUUCCUUCUUUCUUCCUCUCUUUCUUUCUUUCUUUCUUUCUUUCUUUCUUUCUUUCUUUCUUUCUUUCUUUCUUUCUUUCUUUCUUUCUUCAGUGUUUUAUAAAUUGAGAGAAUGCCUUCAUAAUUGCUAAAGCAGUCCUGUUAUUCUCGAUGGACAAAUAGGUUGACUGAAUUCAGCGACAAGACAGUUCGCUGAGUGAUUAGUAGUGGGCAAAACAUUUGAAAGUAUACCUUCGCGAUGAAGCUGACUUACGUAAGCGCAUCAGGUAAAUGGAUUGCCGCAUUUUAUAGUCUUGGCAUGUCAGUGCUUCCCACGAAUGUAGCAAGCAGAUGCAUCUGAAGUAAGCGCAUUUAUGAAGUCUCAAAUUCCACUAUAAGAAAUGAAUACCAUUGACUGCCGUGGAAGCAAAACAACGCACAUAGUUCAGUCCUUUGGUGUCUGCUCUUAACAGCCGUUUAAAAUAAAAUAAAUUGCAGAAAACCGCGAGUUUAUGCGGCUAAGAAGACAGAGGGCAAAGCAGUUGAAACUCAAGCUCCAUCAACCAUGUUUUCAACCUAAAAAUACGCAUGGGAUCCGACCGGCAUUUUUAUGUGCCCCAAAGGCAGCCCUCAUCGUAUAUCUAGAGAGAGGGAGAGAUUUCUUAGCCCAAAAGUAAUAAGGGUUAGAUUGUGUACCUAAUAUAGCUAAGCCUUCAGUUUCACCUACGAAGAAACAGAACCUAGCUGUCGUAUCGUCACCUUGUUGACUGUCGUCAUUGAGCUCGACUUAUCGUAUUGACAUAUCUACUCAAAUAAACAGUGCAUGUGUCACACUUGUUUUAUACACAGGGACCAAGCGCGUAAAUCAACAUUUCAUAUUUUGUUUUUGGUGCUUGAAAGCAGCGCCACCUAUAUAGUGUCUUUUCUUCGCUGCUGUGACUAUAGCAAAAGGCGCCGUCUACCGAGCUUUUCUUUAUGAAACUAUAGUUCGAAUUCCCUCACGAAGUUUUGUUUUCUCAGCGAAGAGGCGUUUCGGAAGUCACGCCUGAAGUCAUUGUCCCAGUGAUGUCACCGGAGUUUACAUGAAGUUGGCAGCAUUAGUAUUUCCGUAGGUGACACUGCGUUAUCGAUAAGUUGGAUAAACAAGAAUUCAUCUUAAGGCCUACAAUUACGUCUUUUUUAUUUCGAUGGAGGAUUGUUAAAUCACAGCGCUUUAUAUGUAAUAUAUGUACACUGUAAAGGCUGUCCACUGAAAGAAUAAAUAUAUGUACUUUUGGUCAGCUAAAACACGUCGUGUUCUCCACAAUUCCAUAAUGCUUCUUGAGUGUAGUGGUUGAGUUAUUUAUUUCUGUUUAUUUUUAUUUCUUCUCAUAUGCAAGUCUUUUCGUGCACUUUAAAUAUACAAUUAAGUAUGUAUUAUUAUUGCCCACGUGUUCUUAAAGAGAAUCAUCUUUAGUCGUGUCAGAAACAAUCUCGCCAAAUGGGAUAAUGCGCAACCCUUCUUGGAUAAAGUCCAUAAAAUGUUUAUAAUGGCUGUACGACGCUACAAAGUAUAUUGAACGGUGGUAAAAUUCCAUCCACGUGGCUUCCACAUUUAUCUCUCUCUGUCUCUUGCUCUUCUUCCUUUCUGCCCUUAUCCUAAUAUGGGCAGUUACUCAAUUCGACUGCGCAAAAGAUAAUUUACCGCGUACUUUCUUCAGAAAUCAGCAUUUCUUUUGCUAUCCGCCGUCUUUAAAAUAAGUUAAAUGGCUGUAUUGCCUUCGCUUACAAAAGUGUUUUAUACUCACGUGCUAGCACAUGCCUUGGCUUCAUUUUUACCACUUUCGUCUCUCGACGUGCAUGUGUAUGAGCAGCUUGAACUUAGCCCCGAAACCGAACAGUUGCAGUUUGGAUGAGUUUCAGAAGACAAUCUUUUCAAAGUAUGCUACAUUUCGAGAAAACACAGUGUGAGGUAUUUAAUUUUAUUGCAACAGGCUGGUAACAAUCAAGGUUCUGUAAACGAAAAAGAAAAAAAAAGGACAUGUCAAUAUCCUUGCAUGUUAUUUAACGCGGUUCCGGCUUCGCUUUUAACCAUUGUCAUAAACGAGCUGCGCUUCACUAUUCUGUGCCUUGAGACUACAUGCCUUCCCUCACAAGGUGCUGAACGAGGCUAGUAUAGCGGAAAGGCUGAUCAAGGACGCAGAAGUUGCAUGAUACGAUUCUGCGCGCAGUCUGACGUUAGCUCUGUUGCACCAACAACCGCAUUCAAAGAGUUCCCGUCCCAUUACAGCAGGUUCCGAUAGGUUUGAACAGGUUCUAACAGGUUAUAACGGGUUUCAACGUUCGGGGCAGCCAUCCUUCAACAUUGCGUUGAAUAAUACGCCUCAUAAGACCACAACCGAAUAUUGUCAACAGGAGUGUGCAUACAAAUUGCAUUAUUUUCAGGUAUAUGCAAUAUUCUGACUGAUCUUUUUUUUUCGUUUUUCUGAAAGAUUUGCCUUUACCCAGUCAGGCACCUAGUUCGGUUUAUCUAGUCAUGUUGCGCGUCUUCAGUAGUGUAUGGUGUGUUUCACUCUCAAGCAUUUGUGUAACCACCUGUCGUUUUAUUCUUCACGAAU